UUUGUGACUAUAUAUAUUCGAUCCUCUCAUUCCUACCUUGCAUCCGAUAUUAUCGGAUGCUGUAUUUUUAGACGCGACCGACGAGUUAUCUUAUCCGUUGAAUAUAGUAUUCGAAUAACGAUUUUAUAAGGCAAGACCGAGGGAGAAUAUUAUAUGGAUAUGCGACUCGAGUGACCGAUCGUACCAUCCGUUCUAGGAGUCGCUUAAUUGAGAAUCACCUUCGGACUGCUACGGUCUGGAUUUUGCGUAGCAGUCGACAUAUCAUUGGACCACCGAAACGUAUCGUCGUUUUCCAUGCUGGCCCUUUGCAGACCCUUGACAAUCGAUAAGGAAGCAUGCACGGAUUCAUGAGUCUCGCGUCGAAAAAGUCGACGCGCGAACGACCAUCCACGACCUCGAUCAGAGGCGACCUGGACGAGAGGUUAGGAGAUUGCAACCAGCCAUGAAGAGUCCCGCGAUGUCCCCACGCUUGAAUGGCACUAACGCGUCAAUUCCCGUCUCGUCGCAGAGCCUCCAGAUAUCGGGCGAAAACGUAAAGUCACGCUACAAUAAUGCCGCCAACAGUUUCCAAAUGGUGAAGGUCACCGGACGCGAGUCUGGUUGCUAUAUCGCCAGUAACAUCGCGCCGAAGGUCGGCAAGCAGCAGUUGGUGUCCUUAAACGGAGACUCGGUGCGCUGCGACAGCGUCAACAUCGACGAGGCCCUGGCAUGCGAUGUGGCACCCAUACCGGCGACGAAGACCAAGGCUCUGUGCGUGCAUAUCAGGGAGAACAAAUGGUACGACGCGGGUAACGUGGUUUCUGUAGGGGUAGCGGGAACCAGCCUGAAUCAUGCCUUGGAAAGCAUGUCUUUGGCUUACAAUCCUUCCACGAAGCAACUAUAUUCUGUGGAGGAAGCUAAAACUUCCAACAAUGCACAAAUCGACUGUACUUCUCAGUACUUGGAAUCUCCGUGUAAUGGUAAGGAACAAUCCUGCAAACCUGAAACAGAUAAAUAUAUAAAGCUUGAAAAUGUCAGUGCAAACAGCAGCCCAAGGAAUAGCCUGCCACGAUCGUGUAGUAGUACAGUGUCUUCCCUUAGUGAAAUAUCACCGUCAGGAAGCUUCCUGGGAUCUGAUGAGCAACAUGUUGUAGAAAAAACCGAAAAGUCAUCUAAACGUUGGGGAUUAAACUCACUUUUUACAAAGAAUGUGUUUUCAUGGAAAAAUCGGGAUUCUCAACAGUCGACACCUACCAGUAGUCCAUCAAGAAAUAUCGACAAAGUAGGCGGUAGUACAGCUUUAAUUCAGCAACCGAGACCAGCAAAUUUACCAGCGAAAAAUGCAUUGGAAGAAGAACGUCACCGUAAGCAAUACAAUGCUAUUUUAGAAGCGGCGAGAAAAAGAGAAUUGCGCGAAGAGAAAGAGCGUAAGCAACAACGAGAGUAUCAAUUAAAAGAAGAAGAAAGAUUAGCUGAAGAUUCUAAUACGUGGAAUGUGUAUGUCUUACCUAAAUUCGAAAGUGUUAAGAAUACGAAGAAAGUGAGGGAGUUAUGGUGGCGUGGUUUACCACCAAGUGUACGUGGUAGAGUAUGGAAACUAGCGAUUUCGAAUAAUUUAAAUAUAACGCCGCAUCUUUAUAAUCUUUGCUUAGACAGAGCAAUGUCGAGCCCAAACAAUGAAUCAUUAGCUGCAAUCAGAUUAGAUGUAUCUCGUACCUUUCCUACCUUAUGUGUCUUUCAAGAAAGUGGACCAUUAUCCAAUAGCCUUCAGGGUAUUUUGGCAGCAUAUGCCGUAUAUAGACCGGACGUAGGCUACGUGCAAGGAAUGAGUUUUAUUGGUGCUGUGCUAUCAUUAAACAUGGAACCAUCAGACGCCUUUGCUUGCUUCGCAAAUUUGCUAAAUUAUCCUUGUCACAGAGCCGCCUUUACAUUGGACCAAAAAAGAAUGAACACUUAUUACAAGGUAUAUUCCAGUGCUCUUGCGCAUAAGCUGCCAAAAGUUUUUUCCCAUUUCACUGUAGCUGGAUUAAGUCCGGAUUUAUAUCUAUUAGAUUGGUUAUAUACUAUAUAUGCAAAAGCAAUGCCUCUUGAUGUUGCAUGUAGAGUUUGGGAUGUCUUUCUCAGAGAUGGAGAUGAAUUCCUCUUCAGAACAGCAUUGGGAGUAUUGCACUUGUAUCAGGAAGAAUUGUUGAAAAUGGACUUUGUACAUGGUGCACAGUUUCUCACUAGAUUGCCAGAAAAUUUACAAGCAGAAUCUUUAUUCAACAGUAUUAGUCAAAUGUCUACUACUGUUGGGACAACAACGUUUCAGCAAAUGUUGAUACAAUUUUCUGCAUAAUUUAGUAUCAAAAGGAUGCACCGUCUUGUAACGUGAAGAUUGUUGGAUCGAGAUCGAUCGUCUCCGUGGUAUUAUAGGCUCGCGGUCGCAACGACGUGAACGUUCGCCGUCCAUCCAUGAUGUUAUCGAUCAUCCAUCAGAAUCGUUUCCAUUUCCGACGUCACGUUCAGCCAUCGUUAAAAUCGUAAGUACAUACAUACAUUGUCAACUACGGCACACACGAAAGAGCGUAUGACUGUUUUCUCCUCGUUUAAAAAACGAGAGCGAUCGCAUCUGAUUUAUACUUCCUGUGGGAUCCUCUUCCGGAAAACUACUCGCAUGUGAUUAGCGUGACUAUAGUUGAAACAUAUGGUUUUAAUGUUUAUGAUAUUAAUGUUUGUUUUAUAAUGUUUGUAAUAUUUAUCGCGAUUUGUGUUUAGAUUCAUCAAUAUCAAAAGCAAGCAUCCAAAUAUCAUAAAUGCAUUUUCUCUUGACGCAAACUUUAUUUUUUAAUAUUAUAACAAAGCAUAUAAUUUUAUUUAAUAUAUAAUUUAAUAUAUCAUCGUUAUCAUUUAAGUAUAAAUCACAGCAUUCGAAAUUAAAAUAAGUUUUUCUAUAAACAUACAUAUGUAGAAUAUUUUUCAGACAUUUUGACGCAUUUUUUUCGAUUAUAAAUUUUCUACUUGACUCAUAGUGGAUUUUUUUUUAAAAGAUAUAUAUAUAUAUAUAGUUUUUAAUUAUUGAUUAAAAAAAGAGAGUUUUAUCGCGCUUUGCGUUUUGAUGUGAACGUAUGUUUAGAAUUCCAUUGAUCAUAGAUAAAAAAAUUCGAUGAUAAUUCGCAUUUCGUAUGUGGAAAAAAUUAACAUAUUAUCGAAUAAAAUCGAUACUACCGUUUCGCUAAUCUGAUGCGAGCAUUGAUGAUAGGUUUUGAUCGCGACAUGUCCACAGAUCAUUUUCCUCCUCGUUCCGUUUUUUUUUGCGCUGUUUUUCACUAAAAGGAACAGAUCAUUUUAAUCGAUAGUUUAAUGAAACGGAAGAAGGGGACGCAUUCGGUACAAUUUAGGAACUUGGCUCGAAACGCGAUGCGUGAAGAAUAAUCUGCUUGAUCGUUAUCACAAUCGCGCGUAACAGCGUAUUUACACUACGUAAUUUUUUAGCGAUAUUUAUAAUCUAUAUAUGUAAUUUUGUAUUUUCAUCAUAUCGUAGAAUUAUAAUGGCUAUAAUAUAAUAUCAUAGCGCACAAAAGCGCGAUGGUUUAGCUUAUUGUGAUGUAGAGAGAGAACAAUUUUAUCUCGAUAUCGCCAAAAAAUCGAGUAGCGUAAACGGCGUCUCCAUUUCUUUCGGAGGAUCAAAUUAAUCUUAAAAAUUUCUCUUUCUAUCAAACCACACAAAGCACGUGGUUACAGAUAAAUGUUUCUACAGAUUAUUUCUAAAUAAUACGCUUGUGCCGUUUGAUCGUCGGAUCUUCGCGAAUCCUUUUCUUUUAUACUUUCGCGAGAAGGACUUACAGCUCUGGAAGAAUAAUCUCCGCGAUAAUUUCCUCGCGUGUUGAGGUGAUAUCAGGAAUCCGGAUAGAAUCAGGCAGCGGGACGUAACAGGUGGGCUCUUUGCGGUUGCGGGUCGUCGAUUACAUCGAAUAACACGCGAUUAUUUCCAAAUCAGUGUACUUCACUGAUCUCUAUCAAUGUUAAUGACUUUUCUACGACUGAUAUUUUAUUUAGGUGUUUUCGUUCAUUUACCACUUCAAUUAUGUCUCUAAAAUAUCGUUUCAUAAAGAUCAGUGAUGUUUUCACGUUUUUACGAACGAUGAUUAACUGAACGCCGCCAACACUGUCUGGAAUCCGUGACGCAAACAAUCCGAGAGAGUGUCACCAUUGAUCGAUAAGUCCGCGACUCACAUCGUGACACGUGUCAAUGCGCUUAGCCUCUACCGAUCUCUCUCUCUCUCUCUCUCUCUCUCUCUCUCUCUCUCUCUCUCUCUCUCUCUCUCUCUCUCUCUCUCUCUCUCUCUCUCUCUCUCUCUCUCUCUCUCUCUCUCAUACUAUUACAUAAUAUAAUAUACGAGCUAGAAAAGGAUCUUAAUAAUUUAUAUAGAAAAUGUACAAGAGAAAAUCUACAUUCAACGAACGCGAUGUGAUAUUUCUAUAUGAAUACGGUCGACGCGCGAUGAUCGAGCGAGAGUGAAGAAUAAAUAAAUUAAAACAGAAGUCGCGAGAGAGGGAGGGGAAGCCCGGGGAUGAAUCUUGUGCCAUUUACAAUCGAGCAAUCCGCCACCGUGUCGAAAAGUAAAGUGCAAUGCAACGCUUGUGUCCUUAUUUAAUAUUAAAUUAUAAAUUAUUUUUACUUUUUGUAUUAACAAAAGUCAUAAACAAGACAUUAUGUUUUGCGAAUAUUCUCACAACGAAUAGUCAUUUACCAAAAAUACUAAUGCGCUCUGCUUGAUUUUCGCUUAUAUGUUGCUCAAUUGAACGACUCGCGAAUCUCGUAGCUUUGUCAUACAUGCUAUAUUAUUCUCGAUCGGAUGCAAGACGCGCGUAUCCAUCUCCAGGCAAAUUCCAUUCGCUCCAAUUUUAGCAUACUUCGCUUAAAGAAGCGUUUAAGCCGAGCAAAAUGGAUGCUGGUCGACAACUUGACUUAAAUCCGCACUCCACGGAUUGCUAAUAGCCUUAGAGCCAAAUGUAUUGCAAGCAAUUUAUUUCACCGAAUAAAUCAAUGUCUGUGCGAGCGUCAUGCUUUUACAUGGACACUCAAAUGUGUUUAACCGAAUUAAAAUUCGCCGUACGGAUUUGAGAGCACGAACGAUUUUUACAUGAAUGUUUUAGUGCAAUAUCUUUUUUUUAACUCUUUUAAACAUCAUUAAUAAACUAAUAUAAAUUUGCAAAAAUAGAGUAAUGAAUAUUCACGCUUUUACAUUAGUUUGUAAUAUGUAAUAAAUCUUAAAUAAUAUUCAUGUGUGCAUCAGUUUGACGAAGAAUGAAAUAAAAUAACAGAGAAUUUCUCCCGAACUAGGAAAGAUUUCUCUUUCGAUUUAACGAGCGUUUAUUUAGCAAUCGAUAGGAUGAAGUAGAAACGUAAUCAUUAUUCUUAUGUUGAGAAAACGCUAUUGAACUUAACUUUCCGUUAUAAUAUACAAUAUGUAUGAACUUACAGUGUUACUUUCUGUCUUUCUCUUGAAAAAACUCUGGAACUGAUUUUUAUCGAUAAAGAUAUCGAUAGACUAAUAAUCUUUAAGUUAAAAUGCAACAAGAAUAAACGACAUCUUUUGAUAUUUUCUUAUUAAAAAAAUUAUUAAAGAGAUCUCUGAGAAAUGUAGCUUGAUUAAGUUUCGAACAUCUUAUAUAUUCCGGAUAUUUAAUAUCAAAUAAUUAAGAAUCAUAUAUUUCAUGCUUGUACAUCUUCUUAUCUACUUGCUUCGCUUACGUUUUCGUUUCUCUUUUUGCCUCUCUCGAGACUUCAUUGGAUUCUCGCGCCGUUUUCCUCUCACGCCCACUUUCUCCGAGUGCACCGGCUCUCAAGACAAGACGGGUGCGAAUAAAUCAGAUUUGAAGUAGCUAAGACAUGCUACAUGUACGUACGCAUUUUGCGCUUGUCUACUUGAGACUAGCCUUUUAAUACCGACAACGAUACGAGUCCUCCAGUACUGGACACGGUUGAAUCAUGCUUCCGUAGCAGGUGUGUCGCGAUAUUCUUAAGAGUAUAAAGUCGAGGAGCACAUGUUGUAUUAUCACAUGUAUUUUUCUUGUUAUUAUUAUUCACAGUAAUAUCGAAAUAUUGCCAUAUAAUUUGCGAUCCGUAUACAUUACAUAAUUUUUUUUAUUAAACAUCUAAAAUUAUUUUUACGUGAUUCAGAGUUAAGACAGUAAAAAAUUGAGAUCAGGA